AUGAAGCACCUGGUAGUCAUAGCACAAGUGCCCUUCUGGUUCCUCACUACCCUUGCCCUAGCAUUUUCCCAACCAGUGCCGUUUCACCUCCCGGUGGUGGCCGCUGAUGAUGCCGCCGCACAACCGAUGCCAGCUCCACGACCUGCGGACUGCCCUAGCAUGUGCGGCGACGUGCACAUCCCCUACCCUUUCGGCAUCGGCGGCAACUGCGCCUGGUCGGGCUUAGAUGAGUUCACCCUCAUCUGCAAUCGUAGCUUUAGCCCUCCGAGACCAUACCUCGGUGACUUCGAGGUCAUGAGCAUCGCUCUGGACGCCGGCGAGAUGCGCGUCGUCGGCUCCGUGUCGUACAUCUGCUACAACUCGUCCACCACCGCCAUAGCCAACGGGAUCAUCGGCUGGACAUUCACCUUCGGAGCGCCGUUUCUAGUCUCGCAGAAGCGCAACGCCUUCACGGCCAUCGGCUGCCACACGCUGGCAUAUGUGAGUGGCGGGGAUGAAGGGAGCUACGGCUACCACACCGGCUGCAUCACCUCGUGCCAGAGCUUGCAUGCCGCGGCGCAGGACGGCGACGAGUGCACGGGGCUUGGCUGCUGCCAGACGUCCAUCCCCGCCAACAUCAGUAGGGUAGAUGUCUUCUUGAGGCACAGCCGCAAAGAGACAAAUCCUGCGUGGAGAUACAGCCCCUGCAGCUACGCCUUCGUCGCCGAGAAAAGCUGGUACCACUUCAGACGUAGAGACCUCACUCGUGUUGGGAACAAGAACUUUACUGACCGUAUUGGAGACAGAAGCAUACCUUUGGUGCUUGACUGGGCCAUCAGGAGUAAUGGAUCCUGCCAUAUCCAACUGGAGGAUGAUAAUGGCGGAGAGUCAGCAAAACCAGUAGCUCUAGCCUGCGUGAGCGCCAACAGCCACUGUGUAAACGCCACACAGGGUUCUGGGUAUCUAUGCAGGUGCUCCAAGGGAUACAAGGGCAACCCCUACUUCGUUGGUGGAUGCACAAGAACAUUUGUUGCCUCCGUUCUAGCAUGCCUUGUGGUUAUGGAGAUUAAGAGGCGAAAGCAAAAGAAGUUUUUUGAUAAAAAUGGUGGUGAAAUACUAAAGAGCAUGGGCAUUAACAUCUUCACGGAGAGACAGCUAAAGAAGAUCACAAACCGCUACAGCACACCGAUUGGAGAAGGUGCCUUCGGCAAGGUCUUCAUGGGGAUAAUUGACGCCACCCAACGAGUCGCAGUUAAGCGCUCCCGUGUGAAAGGCGAGGCACUCCGUCAAGAGGACUUUGUGAAUGAGAUCACCAUCCAGUUCCGGAUCAGCCAUGCCAACUUGGUGCGCCUUGUCGGGUGCUGCCUAGAGACGAAUAUCCCCAUGCUCGUCUUCGAGUUUGUUCCCAACGAAAGCCUCUACAAUGUCCUCCAUGGCGCCGGCAAGACUCACAUGCUACUGCUACCGAUACGCCUAGACAUUGCCCUAGGCUCUGCGCAAGCUCUCGCCUACAUGCACUCGCAUGGCAGCCACAACCAUGUCCAUGGGGAUGUCAAGUCUGGCAACAUUCUCCUGGACGAGAACCUCACACCCAAGGUCUCUGACUUUGGGUCAUCCAAGCUCGUCUCAAUCGCCAUGCAUGCCAACUGGUCAGUGGCUGGGGACAUGAACUACAUAGACCCAGUGUACAUCAAGACAGGCCGAUUCACAGAGAAGAGUGAUGUUUAUAGCUUUGGGGUGGUGCUGUUAGAGCUCAUCACUCGAAAGACGGCCAAGUACGACGGGUGCAGGAGCCUCCCCAUAGACUUCGUCAUGUCCUGCAAGGACCAAGGAAAAAGAAGAGCCAUGUAUGAUAGAGACAUCCUAUGUGAAGACGGCGACGACGGUCAAUCCUAUGUCAACAUGGAGUGCCUUGAUAGGGUUGGUGAGCUUGCGGUAAGAUGCCUCAAGGAAGAUGUGGAGGAGAGACCAACAAUGGUAGAAGUAGUGGAGGUGCUUAAGCAAGUGAAGUCAAUAGCCUGCAGAUGCUCAUGUUCUCAUGCCAGUUAUGAAACCUGCACGAUCAAGCUCAACUAG